UGCAAUGACCGUUCAUCGUCCAAACAAUGUCCAUUCAGCAGUUCAAAGGCUCAAUCGUCCCCCUUCCUCUACUGGUAGGCCAAAAACAACAACAGCUUCUUCAACUUCGCUAAAUGUCUCUCAAAUUUCUUCCCAAUCAACAAGUAGUAGCUCAGGGAAUGAAUGUGUUAAAGUUGUUGUUAGAUGCCGACCUCUCUCUUCUUCCGAACAAGCUCAAGGGCACAAUUGUUGUGUUAACGUCGACUCCAAAAGUGGCAUUAUCGAAUUAACAAACCCUCAAUGCCCUGAUGAACCAGCAAAAUGUUUUUCCUUCGAUUCUGCCUUUGAUCUAAAUUCCAAACAAUUGGAUGUUUACGAUGAAGCUGUUAGACCAAUUGUUGAUUCGGUACUUCAAGGAUUUAAUGGCACUGUCUUUGCUUAUGGUCAAACUGGGACGGGGAAAACAUACACGAUGGAAGGGCCGAGCGGAAUUGGAAAGAACAUUGCUUCAGAUCAAAGAGGUGUCAUUCCCAACUCCAUAGAUCAAAUAUUCCAACAUAUUGCUCAAUCACCCCCUUCCCUUCAAUAUCUAGUACGUGCCUCUUUUUUGGAAAUAUAUCAGGAAGAAAUUCGCGAUCUUUUAGACAAAAGUGGGGGAACUGGAAAACGCUUAGAAUUGAAAGAAAGGCCAGAUGUAGGUGUUUAUGUACGCGAUUUGAGUUCAUUUGUUACUCAAAGCGUUGAAGAGAUUGAACAUGUAUUAAAAGUUGGUCAUUCUAAUCGGAGCGUUGGAAGAACCAACAUGAAUGAACACAGCUCUAGAUCACAUGCCAUUCUUGUUUUGACUGUGGAAAGCUCUGAAAUUGGGCCGGAUGGACAGCCACAUAUUCGAGUUGGCCGCUUAAAUUUGGUUGAUUUGGCUGGCAGUGAGCGCCAAAGCAAAACAGGCUCUGAAGGUCAUCGAUUUCGAGAGGCUACAAAAAUCAACCUUUCCCUGUCUGCACUAGGCAACGUUAUCGCUGCUUUGACAGAUCAACAAAGUUCUCAUAUUCCUUAUAGAGAUUCUAAGUUAACCAGAUUGUUACAAGAUUCCCUUGGCGGGAAUUCUAAAACUGUAAUGAUUGCAAAUAUUGGCCCAGCUUCUUACAAUUAUGAAGAAACUUUAUCUACACUUCGUUAUAGUUCUAGAGCUAAACAAAUUCAGAAUAAACCAAUAAUAAACGAAGAUCCAAAGGAUGCUCUCCUUCGCGAAUUUCAAGAAGAAAUUGCUCGCUUAAAGACUUUAUUAGAGCAAAAAGGAACCAAAAGGCGUCAAUCACGUCACAACAAUAAUAAUGACCUUAUAUUACAAAAUGGGUCUAAAAUGGAUACAAGUACUGAUCUGGCAGAAAAGGAAGCAGAAGGAAUUUACAGAGAAAAACAGGCAAAAUUAGAAAUGGAAAGGCAACGACUUUUACACAAUAAUCACAUUAUUGAAGAAGAAAAACAACGAAUUUUGUCUGCCUUAACAGAACGUGAACAAGAAUUAGAACGGGAGAGGCAAGAACAGCUUUCCCUUACAGCAAAAAUUAGACAAAUGCAAAGCAAAUUGCUUUCGGGAGAUGGAAAUUUACUUGAUAGAACGAGAAAACAGGAAACUUUGAUGGGGCAGAGGAGGGCUGAAUUGGCUGAACAAAGGGUUUUUAUACAGGCGGACCUCAUUUUUAGAUACACCCAAUACUAG